UAAAUACCUCACCACGCUCAAACUGAAAGAAACUGAGCAGUCAUGGAGCCAACCAUUGAUGCUCAUGAGACUGUGAAAACUAAAGGCGGAGUUACCACCAACGCUCAGCCAUAUCCAUCACCUGAAGUGCUAGCCGUUGAGAAUAUUAUUAUGCAUCCAUGCCAUGACGGAAAAUACAUACAAUACAACAUAUGUGAGAAUAUCUUUGAACUCACAGCAAAGUAUAUGCCAUCAAUUAUGCCUAUCGGUGGAGGUGCUUAUGGCCUCGUUUGUCCAGUCAUGGACUCAGAGACCAAUGAAAAAGUGGCAAUAAAGAAGAUUGGUCAUGCAUUUGAAAACAAAAUCGAGACAAAGAGAACUCUUCGUGAAAUUAAGCUUCUGCGUCACUUUGAGCAUGAAAAUAUCUUUCUAGAAGAUCAAAGAAGGAGAAGACACGAUGAAGCUUGUGUUAUAUAAUACGGAAAGAGUAUUAAAAACGAAGAAUAAAAAGCUUAAUACCUUUUGCGUAUUCUUAUCCUCUUCCCGUGUGAUAGUGUGAGUAGUCUUUAGACUAGCCAAACGAGCCGCAUGCCACUCUGGAGUGUGAAAUAAUGAACCAUCCACCUGAGAGUCGGAAACAUUCCGGUACAAUAAAUGAUCAAAAAUAAAUAAAAAAAGAGUUGAACAAUGCAUCAUUACCAAAGCAUCUUAUUGUUUUUAUCUUGUCUAAAUCCUUCUUGUGUGUGUGUUUACAUAUUGCAAUCGCUAACUAUUG